GACGGGCCUCCCUGGAAAUAUUGAGUUCGCGGACAACUGGGCCAUCCUUCCGAUCCCUGCUCGCCCUUCACGAGAUUGGACCGGUCUCUCGCUCACGACGGGAGAGGCCGAACAUCGUGUGGAUCCUUACGGACGAUCAAGAUCAGGUUCUGGGCGGUUCCUUCCCUCCGACCAGCCCGCAUGGCGCCACGCCCAUGCCGAAGACCCAGCGGCUCCUUUUCGAUGCCGGCAUCCAUGCAGAGAACUGGCACAUCCAUGUGCCCAUCUGCAGCCCUUCCCGGUCAACUUUGCUGAGUGGCCGCUACUUCCACAACAUCAAACAAGUGGGCGGUUCGGGCGCUGGGAUGCAUGUGAACUACAGCAAAGUGAAUGAUGACACCUUUGUGAGGCGCCUCCAUGACGCGGGCUACAUGACUGGAAUGUUCGGAAAGUACCUGAAUGUGAUGCCUGAGAAGGUGCCUCCUGGUUUUGAUGUCUGGUUUGCAAAUGGAGGUGGCGACUACUUUGCCCCGCAGUUCAUGACCAAAGGAGUGGACGGUCUCCCAGAGGGCUGGGUAAAGUUCAGCAACGCUCCUUCCAACUACAGCACCUCCGUCAUCGGGAACAUAUCCCUUGCCUUCAUCGAGAAAGCCAUCCAUUCAGAGCAGCCCUUCAUGGCAUACAUCGCCCCGAAAGCAGCCCACGAACCCUUCAACCCAGCCCCCUGGUACCGCGACACCUGGGAAGCUGCCUGGCCCGAGCACGAGCCCAGGGCAGAAAAUUGGAAUUGCUCCGCUGGCAGCCGUCGCGACCACCAUGGCAACAUCGCCACGGAGCCGCUACUGAGUCCUGAAGCUGCCAGGGUCAUCACCGGCGUCUUCAAAAAUCGCUGGCGGACGCUGCUGUCGGUGGAUGACCUCAUCGCAGAUGUAAUUGGAAAAGUGGAGGAGCUGGGGCAGCUGGACAACACCUACUUCUUCUUCUCGAGUGACCAUGGCUUCCAGCUGGGUCAGUUCAACAUCCCCAUGGACAAGCGCCAUGUUUAU